AUGUCUGAAUCUACUGUUGGAAAACCAAUUACAUGUAAAGCUGCAGUUGCUUGGGAAGCAGCCAAGCCAUUGUCCAUCGAAGAUGUCACGGUUGCCCCACCAAAAGCCCAUGAAGUUCGUAUCAAAGUUUUGUACAGUGGUGUCUGUCACACUGAUGCUUACACAUUAAGUGGGGUUGAUCCAGAAGGUGCCUUCCCAGUCAUUUUGGGACACGAAGGUGCUGGUAUCGUUGAAAGUGUGGGAGAAGGUGUCACCAAUGUCAAACCAGGUGAUCAUGUUAUUGCCUUGUACACUCCAGAAUGUAAGGAAUGUAAAUUCUGUAAAUCUGGAAAAACUAACUUGUGUGGUAAAAUCAGAGCAACCCAAGGUAAGGGUGUUAUGCCAGAUGGUACUCCAAGAUUCACAUGUAAGGGGAAAGAACUUCUUCAUUUCAUGGGUUGUUCUACCUUCUCUCAAUAUACUGUUGUUGCUGACAUUUCCGUCGUUGCCAUUAAUGAAAAAGCUGAUUUCGAAAAAGCUUGUUUGUUAGGAUGUGGUAUUACUACUGGUUAUGGUGCUGCCACCAUUACUGCCAAUGUCCAAGAAGGUGACAAUGUUGCUGUGUUUGGUGGUGGUUGUGUUGGUUUAUCUGUCAUCCAAGGUUGUAAAGAGAGAAAAGCCAACAAAAUCAUUUUGGUUGAUAUAAAUGACAAAAAGGAAGAAUGGGGUAAACAAUUUGGUGCCACUGAUUUCGUCAACUCAGCUAAAUUACCAGAAGGAACUACUAUUGUUGACAAAUUGAUUGAAAUGACCGAUGGUGGUUGUGACUUCACUUUCGAUUGUACUGGUAAUGUUAAUGUCAUGAGAAAUGCAUUGGAAGCUUGUCAUAAAGGUUGGGGUACUUCUGUUAUCAUUGGUGUUGCUGCCGCUGGUAAAGAAAUUUCCACCAGACCAUUCCAAUUGGUUACCGGUAGAGUGUGGAAAGGUGCUGCCUUCGGUGGUGUUAAAGGUAGAACCCAAUUGCCAGGUAUAGUUGAAGACUACAUGGAUGGUAAACUCAAGGUUGAAGAAUUCAUCACCCACAGAGAGCCAUUGGACAAGAUCAACACUGCUUUCGAAGAAAUGCACGGAGGUGACUGUAUUAGAGCUGUUGUUUCGUUAUGGUGA